AUGGCCCUCAUCAACCCGGUCUACGCCAUCAUCGUGCCUUUCCUCUUUCUCUUCACCGUCCCGCUUGCCAUCUUCGCCGGCAUCACGACAACGCUUGCCUUCACAGUUCUCAUCUUCCGGGUAAUACUCGUCUACUUCGAUCUCGCCCUGUCUCUCCUACCGUCGUACAUUACCGGCCGCCCUCAGUAUUUGUCCUAUACAUCCAAGACUCCGGCGUCCGGUAGCCCGUCGCCCUCCUUGACGCCCACCCGCCGCUCUGCUUCCCGCCGCACAAGACGGCCAUCCUCUGCAUCCGCCGUCUCCGUUGGCACGAUAACACCCAUUUCAGAGGCCGGCGGGCUUGGCCUUUUCCCUUCUGUCGGGAUCGACCGCGACUAUGAGGGUGUUGGCGGCUGGCGGCUAGGAAACGGUAACGAUGAUGAGCUGUGGAUGACCAUCAACUCGCGUCUCGAGCUGCCCGACCGCCAAUACCAGCGGCACCACCACCGGAGCCCUAGCGGCGGGCCCACCACUCCUGGCGGCGGCGACGGCUACCUCAUGAUGAAAGGCGGCCGCAACCGCAGCCCGGAAAGCAACCGGGGCGGCUUUACUACUAUCGUGUCGCCGAACAGCUCCCGGGCGCGGACACCAACCAACUCUCACAUCGCCUUUACGGCGCUUGAUGGCGUCGAUGGAGACUACUUCCCAUCCAUGUCAUCACCGAAGACGGCGAGAAAAGUUGCCGUCGCGUGA